AUGACUCAAACCAAGGAUAUACCAGUUGUUGAUAACUGGGAGGAUUUGUUAAAUAGUGAUAAUGAAGAUUCUUUUAAUAAUAAUUCUGAAUAUCCGACAAAUUCGAAUAAAAUUUCUGCAUCUUCAACUUCAAACAAGCGUUUAAGUGAUUAUGAAGAACAAAGAAGGUGCCAAGAACUCGUUGAAGAAAUGGAUGGAAACGUAAUGGACGAUCUAUUUGAUGGUUUUGUAGAAGUACGCAAAGCUACCGGUAAACUUCCGGGAAACAAUUCAUCUCAUACAAUCUCGAACUUAAGUAAUCAGCAGGAUGCACUUAGUAAUUUGAAUUUAAAUUCUUAUGCGAAGGUUGAAAGUACUGCAUUUAAAAUUGCAGAAUGUAUCAAACCAGCAUUGGCUAAAAGCCCAGCUUGGCUUCGAUUCGUUGAUAUUUGUUUAAAUGAGAUUUUUCAAAAAUUGGACUUAAAGGACUUAAAAACUUUGAAAAAAAAAGUUGACGCACAGUUAUUAACUAGAGAAAAGGAAGAAAGAGAAAAGUCUCAGCAAAAAAAAAAACCUAACGAUUUCAGUACUCUUUCCAAAAACUUCAGGGAGGAACUUGACAUAUUUGAUGGAAUAGAUUCCCUUGAUGAAUCUGAUGAUUAUUAG